AUGUCGCGCGGUGGCCAAACCUUGUACGUGACUGGCUUCAGCCACGGCACUCGCGCCCGAGACCUCGCCUACGAAUUCGAACGCUAUGGACACCUUGUCCGAUGCGACAUCCCUGCUCCUCGCUCGGCAUCCAGCAGACUGUUUGCCUUCGUCGAGUACGAGGACCGUCGCGAUGCUGACGAUGCUUACCAUGAGAUGCACAACAAGCGCAUCGGUCGCGACGACAUCCUGAAGAUUGAGUGGGCUCGCACCCCUCCUUCCGCCUCAUGGCGCUUCGACUCGGGUCGUGACCGUGAGCGCGCUCCUCGCCGCUCCUCUCCCCGUCGCGGCCGCUCGCCUUCUCCUCGUCGCAGCACCCGCGACUACUCUCCCAGAAAGGAUGAUCGCCGGGACCGCGACCGCGACUAUGACUGUAGCGACAGACGCGACACCCGCGACCGUUCCCGCAGCCCUGACCGACGUGAUCGAGACGCCAAGGAAGACCGCGAAGACCGGGAACCCCGUGAGAACGGCACCAACGGUGACGAUAGAAAGGCACUGGACAGCCCUCCCCCUGCCCAUGACGACCUGGACGUUGCUGCGGAGUGA